UGUUCUAGAAGACAGGCAUUGCAACUAUUAUCCCACAUUUUCUCUUAGCUUGCCCAACCAGAAAACAAUGAAAAAAGGCUGAAUUUAUUGGACCGACGGAGUACUGCACAGGAUCUCUUCUGGCUAGAUGGGCAGAAAUUGCUGAAUUGUGAACCAAUUUUGGAAAUACAAUGCUUGACAAUUAUGAGGGCUAAAAUCUAAACAAUCUGGAGGCCAUUUUAUUUUAGCACCAGUACAGCAAAGAACAACUUAAGCUUGUCUCCAUUACGGAUUGGGGAAAAGAUGAAGGCAACUUACUAGGGUUAGAGCAGAAAAAAAUGUUAUUAGAAUCUGGUUGUGCCAUGCUUAGGUACAAAUGUGGAAAAGGCCAAACUUAUUCGGAAAUGCACAUAUUGAAACUUGUUUCAAUACCUUUUCAAGUGGAUAGUAUUUUAUGUAAGAAUCUAAGUGCUCUGAUCAAUUAAUACCAUGGGUAUAUUAUGCUUUAACUUGCUUCCAUUUUUGUCAAUAAACAAGAUACUGUGAUAAUAGGUUUUCAUUAAAUAUCUACAAAAUAGUUUCUUAAUGUUUACUUUUCAUACACCUAAUACAUAAAUAAGCCCAAUGCUCUGAAUUAUUUUCUGCAUAUGUAGUAACUUUAUUUGCUUGACCUUUGUUUAUUAAACACAGAUUUUCAUGGGGAAAUGAAAGUUUUUCUUAUUAAAAAACCCCAGUAAUAUGGAGGAUUAAGGAGAUUAAAUAUGACAUCAUUCUUUUGUCUGUGUCAAUGCUUUAUCAAACAGUAUACUGAGUGAGCAUUAAGGCUUUGGGCUAGAAAUGCUCCCACAGAGAGAGAAAUAAUGGAUGAAAAAGAGAGUAAACAAUAUGCACAAUAUUAUUUAAUAUAUUUCUAAAAGUAAAAUUGCAACAGUAGGAGAGAUCAACCACAGGAUGUGAAUGCCGAAGACUUAUAAAACUGCAGAAAUAAGAAGAAACUUCAGAUAAUGAAAAGUGAAAUGUUUUUUUUUCUUUGAAUUUGUGAUGCCUCAUAUUAUCUACACCCACUUCAUCGCAUGAGAUUAUUUCUUAAUAAGUGGACCGCUGGAAUGAAAGAUGAUUGAUAGAAAUUGAUUUGAUUUUUGUGGAUUGGAAGACAUGAUCCCUGCAUUAAAACUGCUGCUCUUUACCUGUAUUUGGCCUACUUCUGUUUUGCCCAAUAACAGCGAUCAUCAUCAUCAUCAUUGCUAUAGUCACCAUCAUCCUCAAAGGUCAUUCAUGAAAAGACAUAACAGCAAACAAGAAUUUAAGGCGAGGAAACUAGAUAGCACUAAAGUACCACCCAUGAAAUCAGAACAACUUCUCCAUAUAGAGAACCAUGAUUUUGCCAUGAGACCUGGCUUUGGAGGAUCACCAAUCCCAGUGGGCAUUGAUGUGCAAGUAGAAAGCAUUGACAGAAUUUCAGAAGUUGACAUGGAUUUCUCAAUGACUUUGUAUCUCAGGCAUUACUGGAAGGAUGAAAGACUCUCAUUUCCUAGUACCAGAAACAGAAGCAUGACCUUUGAUGGAAGAUUAAUAAAAAAGAUUUGGGUACCUGACACAUUUUUUGUUCAUUCUAAAAGAUCUUUUAUCCAUGACACAACCAUGGAGAAUAUUAUGUUACGUAUCUAUCCAGAUGGCAAUGUGCUCUUCAGUUUACGGAUAACAGUUUCUGCUAUGUGUUUCAUGGACUUCAGUAGAUUCCCACUUGACACUCAGAAUUGUUCUCUAGAGUUGGAAAGCUAUGCUUACAAUGAAGAAGACUUGAUGCUGUACUGGAAACAGGGCAAUGAAUCUUUAAGUACAGAUGAGUACAUUUCUCUUUCUCAGUUUUUCAUUGAAGAAUUUAGUGCUUCUAGUGGAUUAGCAUUCUACAGCAGUACAGGUUGGUACAAUCGACUUUUUAUAAACUUUGCUCUACGGAGACAUAUUUUCUUUUUUGUUUUACAAUCCUAUUUCCCCUCUAUGUUGAUGGUGAUGCUAUCUUGGGUUUCCUUUUGGAUAGACCGAAGAGCUGUUCCUGCAAGAGUAUCAUUAGGUAUAACUACUGUGCUGACAAUGUCAACCAUAAUUACCGGAGUAAGUGCCUCAAUGCCCCAGGUGUCUUAUAUAAAAGCUGUGGACAUAUACUUAUGGAUCAGUUUUCUUUUUGUCUUCCUAUCUGUUAUUGAAUAUGCAGCUGUAAAUUAUCUCACAACAGUGGAAGAGCGAAAACAGCUGAAAAAUAGAGGAAAGAUUGCUGGGUUGUAUAACAUUGAUGCAACGCAAGCCAUGGCCUUUGAUGGGUGCUAUCACGAUACUGACAUUGAUCUUGCCACCUUGAGUGUACUUUUGGAAGAGGGAGCAGCACGCGAGCGAGUACCCAGUAUCACCCCCCUGGAUGAAGCUCACUUAAAAAGAAAAAGAUUUUUGACAGGAACUGUGGGCAGAAUUAUUUUGCAAAAUAACCAUGUCAUUGAUACGUAUUCCAGGGUUGUAUUUCCUGCUAUAUAUAUUGUAUUUAACUUUUUUUACUGGGGUUUAUAUAUAUAA